GCGGAGCCGGAGUCGGUGGAUCGUCCGCCGCGGGCUCUGUCCGUGUCCCCGAGCCCCCGGUUACUGUCACAGUGAGGGGGGGAGUGAAGGUUGAGGAGGGAAGCAGUUGUACGUGAAUGCAUAUUGUCAAACCAAUUCCAACAACAUGAACAGAAACAAACGUGACAUCCAAUUCUACAGCGUCGAGGUGGGGGAUUCAACGUUCACAGUGCUGAAGCGCUAUCAGAACUUGAAACCCAUCGGUUCGGGAGCACAAGGAAUUGUUUGCGCAGCCUAUGAUGCGGUUCUGGACAGGAAUGUAGCUAUCAAGAAACUCAGCCGACCAUUUCAGAACCAGACUCAUGCAAAAAGGGCUUACAGAGAAUUAGUCCUCAUGAAGUGUGUCAACCAUAAAAAUAUAAUUGGCUUGCUGAAUGUAUUUACGCCACAAAAAUCACUUGAGGAAUUUCAAGAUGUUUAUAUAGUGAUGGAGCUCAUGGAUGCCAAUCUGUGUCAGGUGAUUCAGAUGGAGCUAGACCACGAGCGAAUGUCCUAUCUACUUUAUCAAAUGCUAUGUGGCAUCAAGCAUCUUCAUUCAGCUGGCAUCAUACACCGGGACCUGAAGCCAAGUAACAUAGUUGUGAAAGCAGACUGCACGCUGAAGAUCUUAGAUUUUGGACUAGCAAGAACAGCAGGAACUAGUUUCCUGAUGACGCCUUAUGUGGUUACACGAUACUAUCGUGCUCCCGAGGUCAUUCUAGGAAUGGGAUACAAAGAAAAUGUGGAUUUGUGGUCUGUUGGGUGCAUUAUGGGAGAAAUGGUUCGUCACAAAAUCCUCUUUCCAGGAAGGGACUAUAUUGAUCAAUGGAACAAAGUGAUCGAACAGUUAGGAACACCAGCCUCUGAGUUCAUGAAGAAGUUGCAGCCCACCGUGAGGACUUACGUGGAGAACAGACCCAAGUACACAGGCUACAGUUUUGAGAAACUCUUUCCAGACGUCCUUUUUCCUGCCGAUUCUGAGCACAAUAAACUGAAAGCAAGUCAAGCUAGAGAUUUGUUAUGUAAAAUGCUUGUAAUAGAUGCAUCAAAGAGAAUUUCAGUGGAUGACGCUCUGCAACACCCUUACAUUAACGUUUGGUAUGAUCCUGCUGAAGUAGAAGCUCCACCACCCAAGAUAUAUGACAAGCAGCUAGAUGAAAGGGAUCACACUAUAGAUGAGUGGAAAGAGUUGAUAUACAAGGAAGUACUGGAGUGGGAAGAGAGGAUGAAGAAUGGUGUUAUACGAGGCCAACCACCUCCUUUAGGUGCAGCAAUGAUCAAUGGCUCUCAUCAUCCAUCAUCAUCUUCAUCUGUCAACGAUGUGUCCUCCAUGUCAACAGAUCCAACGCUGGCAUCGGAUACCGACAGCAGCCUAGAAACAUCGGCGGGACCUCUGGGCUGUUGCAGAUGACUAGCCUCCCUCUCUCUGGGGUCUUAUUGUUUGCGCUAAAUCUUAGAGAGGGUAGACCAGCUUUUUAAAAAGCUCCAACUGUGUUUUAAUUUUAUUGGAAUCAGUUUCCCAGAUAGAGUACAACUUUCAAUUAUGUUGGAUAUACAUACAGUAACUCAGUACAGCAACCUUAGUCCAGGGCAAGUAACCCUAAAGCAUGACUUGUAACAGACAGAUAUUUAACAUCAUUACAUUUAGGUCUGUUUUGGGAGGAAAAAUGAGCUCAAAAUACAAACAAGUUCCAGAGUCCAAAUCCGGUGCGCAGAGGGAUGACUUAGUUAGGCUACUUUUUCUCUCUCGCACUCUUGCAUGAAGUGGUUUUACACAAUUUAAACAUUCUAAGGUCUUUUCUAAUCUAGUUGGCUCUGGCUUAAUGCUAGUUGUGGACUAGGACAACAAAUCAUUAUGUGUUGAAAACGUAGAAUACCGGUGUCUGCAAUAAAUUUUGGUUGACUGUGUGACCUACCUGUUUACAUUACACGUCCAAAGCUGAAGCCGAGUGUGUUUUAGAUGUUAGUGCAGCCACUUUGGAUAGGCAAGGCUACUGGGUUUAACACUAAGAGUAUUCAAACUGAUGGUGAAGACUCGCCAGUUGUUUAAGGUAAUAGAGACUUGAAAAUGGGAAGAGAAAAUGUGGCAUCAACGACUGAGCAUCACAGACGAAUUCCGCACAAAACCAGUUCUAUAUCUUGAGUCAGUGCCAGCACCAAACUAUUUUAAUAAAAAUCAGCUUGCCCCUAAUAAGCUGUUCCUUGUAAGUGAGUGAUUUGGUUAAUCCAUUUGUUGUAUUAGGAGUUCACAGGAUGUAGUGCCCUGUAAUAAUCAUGGUUUAAUUUGUAACUAGUUUUACCUAAUACAACUUGUCAAAAUGCCAACCUUGACGAGAAUCAGUGCAGUAGGGUUAUGUUUCAGGCAAACAUUACAAGCUUCAUGAGUUGACAGAAGUAACUUAUCAAAAGAGGUUUUUAAAUAAUUGAUGAACUACCUCACACAAUCAAUGUACCAUUUCAAUGCCAUCGAGUUGCUCGCUUUCCUACCAUUCAGUACAAUGAUGGAAUGUAACAGUUUUAAUUUAUUUCCACUGUUAAGUGUCCCUGGUCCCACCACCAGGAGUCCACCAAAUUCACAGCUGAAACUAUUGUGAAGAGGGAAACAUUGUUAUACAUGUACUUUGUUUGUUAGAGAGAUGUUUAAUGCAUUUUGUAUAUUUGUUUUCUCAUAGUGGAUGUGCAAUAAUAUUUGCAAAUUGUGAUACAAAUUUGAUUGUAAAGAUGGGAUAGCUGUGAUGUGGUAUACUUAUUUUGGACCCUGUUGGAAUGUGAAGGGAUUGUAGGCUUUUUUUCCCCCCCUUUUUAACUUCAGUUAGACUAGUGUAAAAUGUAAGAUUGUAAUAAUGCCAUGGUUAGGUAGUUGAGGGCAUGGUGCCUGCAUCUGCUCCUUGGGUUAGUUUAUUUUUUUAAGUGUAUACCUGUGCUGAAUACUUGUUACACAUUAAUAUCCAGUAUGGACUGCAGGAACAUUUGCAGUGAAUUGGAUAUUACAGAAAAUAAUUGAGAUAAUUAGUGUUAAUGAACAAUGUUCAUCUUUUAAUAAUGAUUUUGUACUGCAAAUAGCCAUCUUUAGUUAUAGUUAACAACGGAAUAAAAAUUUGAUUUUUCGUGUCUCGUGAGCACAACAGUGAGCCAACCUUGGAGUUUGCACUAUAGGAUAUUGUGAUGUUCAUGUUUAUAGUGGAUUGAGUGAACUAAGGUGUGCAAUCUCCUAGGGCAUGGGGUGAUUUACAGAUUUACUCAAACAAUAUCUUAAUCAGUCUCUGAAAUGUUAACUCCAUUUAUUAACAAUUCUCUCAAUCUCCCUCAGUACAAGUCCCAGCUAAAUCCUUUCUCAUUGGGAUGUGAUUGUCAUUUUGAUGCUAAUUAUUUUGUGCCAGAAUUUAAUUUAAACUGAUUAUACUGGUUACAAUAGGAUUAACAGUAAAAUUGAAUUGCAUUUUAGACUCCAUGCAGGAUAGAAAUCUUCUGGAUUUUUUUUCUCCUCAAAAUUUAACUGCAUAUGAAGUUUAAAAAUAAGCUAGCUUAAUUAAAUGUAAACUUAUUUUCAGAUUGAUUUUAGGAUUUUGCUGUGGAGUUUAACACAUUGCAUUUCCCCUAACCUCGUCCCUUUGAGUGCAGUGAAAUUAUCUGCAUUUUGCAUAACAGACAAGACCAACCUUUAUUUCCAUCUUUAAACUGAGUAGCUUACCAGACCAUUUAAAAAAAAACAUUUGAGUUAAUAACGUUGCUGUGCUUCUGGAACCUGGAUAAGGGAGGUCAGUUUUCUUCCCUAAAGGACAUUAAUGAGCUAUACGAAAAUUUAUAAUCCUGUUAUCAAAUGGUUACUACUGCUGAUACUAGCAUUUUUAAAUUACUUCAUUCGUAAAAUUGAAUUACCCCAACUUCAGUGGGAUUUAAACUUGUCGCCUUUCAUUUGUCCAGGUCUUUUUACCAGUCCAGUAAAGUAACCACUAAGCUACCAAAUUAUUACUUGUGUAUAGAUAAAUCUUCACAAACAAUGCUGCAAAUGUACAAUAGAUCAGACAGCUGUUGGGGGAUAAAUUGGUUAAUUUGUGUGAUAUCAUCCAGUUAUCAAUUCAGGAAAUAUAAACUUUUUCCUCCUUUACAGUUAUUGACUGUCCUAUUCUGUAUGUGGCAGCAUUUAUGUGUUGUUUCAGUUACAAAGUUGAUUUUUAGUGUCUUAAACCACAGGGUUAAACAGCACUGUUACCAUUUUAAAAACCUGCUUUGCCUUCCAAUUAAUACUUUGCAAAAUAAUUUCUCCUUUGUUUCACACAAUGCUUAUUCCCCAUUCAAGUUCUUUCCUGGAAAAGUACCUAUUUUUCACACAUUGUUUGUAUCUUCAUGUAGUUUUACUGUUUCCAUGUGUCAUACAAAUAAUUCUGUUGUUGGUGCCAAAUUUGUAAAAGGGUUGAGGGAAAUAGUUACCGGUAACUGUAAGGUUUUCACAAAAUUUGCCAGUCACUCGCAGAUUCCCUUGUAUGAGCUAAUUCCUUAAGUUAGUUUUUCUUAUAUCCAUAGUGAUUCUCAAACUUAUGACAUUUUACGUGAAGCUACAUUUUGUGGAUUUGUAUUUCAUGCUUUGUCAAUGCUCCGUAAUCUUCCAAUAUGGAGAAAAAUAAAUGUUGGAAGUGUAAUUUUCACUUGUGAUCUGACAUGUUUUAUCUCUCGUGAUGGAUGAGGGGAUGUGGACACAUGGAGAAAAGUGAUUCUGUUUCUUUGAAAAAAAAGUUGAUUGUCACUCCAGUAGUCCCAAAGUUAGUCGUGGGCUGCUUCCAGUCACUUGGCUGACUGUGUUCCCAAGAUGCAGUAAACUUGCUUUUUCUUGCAUUGAUCCGCUUUCUAAUUGCGAUGUGCAUUUCAACAAAAUGCAGUGUUUAAAAAUAAAUAAAU